AUGUACACCUCAACUCUAACAUCCUUCCUUCUCCUUGCAACAACAUCCUCGGCCCUCAGCCUCCUCCCCCGCACAGACUCCUGCCCCAAGGUAUGGUUAGAAGUCCUCCUUGAGCUCCAAACCGCCUUCUCCGGCUGUGGUCGCGACGCACAUGGCGCCAUCCGCGCCCCCUUCCAUGACUGCAUCAACAACGGCUGCGACGGCAGCCUCAUCUUAACAGACGAGUGCAGCCGCACUGAAAAUGCCGGCCUCUCAGACAUCUGCGGCAAACUCCUCUCCUGGACACAAAAGUACAACACCAGCGCAGCAGACAUGAUCCAAUUUGCAGCCGCAACCGCCAUCUCUUCGUGUCCGCUCGGUCCACGUGUCAAAGCCCUGGUCGGGAGAAAAGACAGCAGCGACGCCGCGCCGCUGAACAGCAUGCCCGGCAGCCGCGACUCGAUCGACUCUAUUCUGGACAAGUUCGCCGCCAAGGGCUUCAGCGGCGACGAUGUCGUUGCCCUGAUGGGCACGCACUCUGUUGCCGUGCAGGUCAAUGACGACCCGGCGCAGGCGGGGAAGAGUCUGGAUUCUACACCGAGUGUGUAUGAUACGAAAUUCUACCAGGAGACCUUGGACGGCACGGCGCCGUAUAGUCUGCAGAGUGACACAGGGCUUGCAAACAACACAAAGACACACGAGAAGUGGGCCGAUUUCGCUGCCGGCGAUGUGAGUGCGUGGAACGCUGCGUUCACAGAUGCCUGGAACAGAUUUGCAAUUAUUGGAAAUGAUGUGAACAGUUUGCAAGAUUGCUCUGGUAUUAUUCCUUCUGGUGCUUCGGAGAGGAGACUGGCAAGGGAGUUGGGUGGAUCAGCAGCGGCGAGAGCUUUCGCGAGGCUGAUGUACGAUUCUUGA